UAUAAAGCUAAUAUACUGUAGGCCUGUAGGUCUGUUUUUUAGUUACUGUAAAUGACUGAAAGUAGGCCAAGGAACCUGGCAACCCUUUUAUGAAUCAGACUUCUCAUCUUAUCCUCUUAUUCUUAUCUUAUUUUUUCAUGUGUUAGUUUUAUGUGAGCACUGAACUCCAUUCAUCAAUUAUUACACAUCUAACAAGCAGGUUUUAUUUCCUCAUAAUUCAAAUAACCGCCUUUAUUUAUUUCUUUAUAGUUCACCAUUUUCACUUGCUCAUACUUCACAUAUCCACUCCCUUUACUUUAUGAUUUUUCCCUGCCAAUAAGGAUGUUUUGCUGUCUGCUUAUUGUUUACCUUCCUGGUAUCAAGCGCUUAUAAACCCACUUAUUCCUGACACACAUCAGUUGUACUCAUAUUUUCUGGAAAAUAACCCAACAUCGCUGUUUGAUUUUGUGAAGAUGAAUAAACAGUUUCUCAUCGUGGUUUUUUGGCUGAAUCUUCAUGCUGUAACUGCAUACAGCAAUGGAACGGUGACUCUGGCAUGCACAUCUAUGACUCCUAAUCAUGGAAAUAAUACUGCCUCUAUGUUAGAACCUCCAUAUAGAAUCACCACAGACGUCUCAAACUACACAGAGGGUCAGGUGAUCAGAGUGACAUUGCAAGCAAAUGAGACUGGGUUCAAGGGCUUCCUUCUUCAGGCCAGGGAUGAGACGGGUCCAGUAGGAACUUUCACAAUUAUGGGAAGUGACGCUCAAUUACUCAACUGUGGAACAGCGGGCUCAGUUGUCAGUCACACUUCAAAUGUUACCAAAUCAAAUAUUGUGGCUCUAUGGAAAGCUCCUAACAACAGCAACACAGAUAUUCGGUUCAGGGCAACAUUUGUGCAGAGUUUCUCUCUCUUCUGGGUUGGCGUUCAAAGUGAUCCUGUUAGAUUCGUGGGCACUAAUACAACAGUCGCCCCACCCCCCAACUCUAGUCCAUCAGUGUCUCUCACAAUCUAUCUUCUUCUUUUACCGCUGCUGGCAAUUAUAUAACAAGUGGGUGAAAA